CACUUUCCCCUUUCCUGGUGAUGACUUUGGAUCCUUGAGCAGAGUUUUGCCCGAGCAGGGCUCAUGGGGGAAGAUGGAGUUUCUUGGGACCACUCAGACUGCCAGUUACUGUGGCCCCAAGAAAUGCUGUGGCUUGACCUCACUGCCAGCUGUACAAGCUCCAGUGAUCCAGGAGUGCUAUCAGCCCUACUACCUGCCCGGGUACCGCUACCUCAAUUCAUGGAGGCCUAGCCUCUUCUACAAGAUAUCCAACGUCCAGACCUGCCCGGAUGAGAGCUCCAGCACCCUGCGGCCACCCACCACCCUGCCCGCGUUGCGCUCAGCACUCUUCUCUCGCUAUAGCCCCCAUGACUGGGACCAGUCCAACCAGCUGCAGGUGCGUGGGGCAGAGGCCUCCCGGCUGUGGGCCAGCCGGCUGACGGACGACUCCGUGAGGCUCUUGCAGGACAAGGACCAGUUGACACAGCAGAUGCAGCAGGGCACCACCCGGAACCUGGGCCAGAGACUGUCAGACAUCGGUUUCUGGAAGUCGGAGCUGAGCUAUGAGCUGGACAGACUUCUGACUGAGAACCAGAACUUGGAGACGGUCAAGAGGCGGCUGGAGUGCGCGGCCAAUGAGGUGAACUGCCCAUUGCAGGUGGCCUUGGAGUGUCUGUACCAUCGAGAGAAGAGGAUUGGGAUUGAUUUGGUCCAUGACAACGUGGAGAAAAACCUUAUCCGGGAAGUGGAUUUGCUAAAAUGUUGCGAACAACAGAUGAGAAAAUUAGCUCAAAGGAUUGACCUCCAGAUGCGGGAUAACCGAGAUGCUCAGCACGCCCUGGAGAGGGACCUCGAGGAUAAAAGCUCGGCGCAGUGCAUCGAUGAGAAGUGCUUUAACCUGAGAAAUACGUCAGACUGCAUCAGCUUCUUCCACGGCAUGGAGAAAAUUGAUGGCACGAUCUCCGUACCCGAGACCUGGGCCAAGUUCAGUAACGACAACAUCAAGCACUCUCAGAACAUGCGGGCCGACUCCAUCCGGCUGCGGGAGGAGGCGGAGCACCUCUUUGAGACCUUGUCGGAUCAGAUGUGGAGGCAGUUCACAGACACCAACCUGGCCUUCAACGCCCACAUCUCCGAGGUGACGGACGUGAAGAAUAAGCUGCAGACACAGCUGGCGAAGACGCUGCAGGAGGUCUUCCAGGCCGAGAACACCAUCAUGCUGCUGGAAAGGUCCAUCAUGGCCAAGGAGGGCCCGCUGAAGGUGGCGCAGACGAGGCUGGAGUGCCGGACCUGGCGCCCCAACGUGGAGCUGUGCAGGGACAUCCCUCAGUUCAAGCUGGUUAACGAGGUGUUCACCAUCGACGACACCCUGCAGACCCUGAAGCUGCGGCUGCGGGAGACGCAGGACAUGCUGCAGCUGCUGGUCAUGACCAAGUGCCGGCUAGAGCACGAGCUCGCCAUCAAGGCCAACACCCUCUGCAUCGACAAGGAGAAGUGCAUGGGCAUGCGUAAGACCUUCCCCUGCACCCCGCGCCUGGUGGGCCACACCUGAGCACCGCCCUGGCGCCUCCUUCCACGCUUGGAAAAGGCUGAGAAACAAAGUAAAACAGUAUUUUGUUUG